GCUAAUGAUGUUGGAGCAUCCAUGAUCAUCCAUGCUUUUGGAGCCUACUUUGGCCUGGCAGUGGCUCGAGUGCUUUACCGACCAGGUUUAAGAAAUGGACAUGAGAAUGACGGAUCUGUUUAUCACUCUGAUCUGUUUGCUAUGAUUGGAACCGUCUUCCUGUGGAUGUUUUGGCCCAGUUUUAACUCGGCCAUCGCUGACCCGGGCUUCACUCAGCUCACAGCAGUGAUCAAUACCUACUUCUCCCUGGCUGCCUGUGUGCUCUCUGCCUACGCCAUCUCCAGCCUCGUGGAGCACAAAGGAAAACUGGAUAUGGUGCACGUUCAGAAUGCCACAUUGGCUGGUGGGGUUGCCGUGGGAACAUGUGCUGACAUGAACAUUGGGCCAUUUGGGGCAAUGCUGAUUGGAUUAGUGGCUGGCAUCAUCUCUACCCUGGGCUUCAAGUACUUAAGUUCCAUCCUGGCAUCCAACCUCAGUAUCCAGGAUACCUGCGGUGUUCACAAUCUGCACGGCAUGCCUGGUAUCUUGGGUGGGUUGGCUGGUAUUGUGGCCGUGGCUCUGGGGAAAAAAGAGGGAGGUGAUGCUGCCAUGCAAGCUGCUGCCUUGGGUUCAUCCCUUGGGUUUGCUUUUGUUGGAGGUGCUGUUACAGGUUUAAUAAUGAAGUUGACGAUUUGGGGACAGCCUCCAGACCAGAACUGCUUCGAUGACUCUAUUUACUGGGAGGUUCCUUUGAAGGAGGAGGAGAAGGAGGAGAGCUUGGCUUAUGCCGAUCACUCAUAGAACAAAGCAGACGUUUAAAUACCUGCCCACCGACUGCUGAGCUAGAAAUUAAGAUGUAAAGGAUGAUCAGCUACACCAUGUCAGCUUUUCUUCAUUUCAUCCUUACAUUAUAAAAAGCAUGAAAGCAUAUUUUCUAAUAUUAGCAUAGUAUAUGUAUUUUUCCUCAUACGUUCCUAUAUAUUUCCAUACACCUGGCAAAUGUAUUUCUGCUGAGGCUCAGGUCAAAGAGAGGAGUUAAAUCUGCUUUGAUUUGCUGCUUCAUGUCACCUCACUGGAGCCCAGUCCCCAGGGCAGGGAUAGUCAUAAAAUAUGUUGUAACUUCUGAACCUUCGCAUUGCUCAUCUGCCACUGCUUACAACCAUGUUCUAUCGAUCUGAGGGCAGCUGUACAAUAACUUCAGUUCAACGAGCAUUCAAAGCUGUGCAUUUAGAACUGCAGGGCUAGAUUAAACUGACUACACACAGUAGUGUUAAUCAAUGACAUUGACCAGUGGGCAUGUGCUCUUGUUUGUAUUAUAUACUAAUACUGUCAUAAUAAAUGUGUUUUUUAU